UCUCCGCGACGAAUUUCGCGUACUCGUCACGUGUUUUGAAAACGCGACCUGCACUGUGGAGCUGUAGCCUCUAUUGAAGUGAUAUUAGUAACAUUUGAGCGAUUAUGUCGUUUGUGGAGGACGAAGUAUCAGACUGUGGAGUGGACUCGCGCUCGCGAUUGGAAAGCUAUGCGUUCAGUUGUGAGUUAUCUUCUGAAGUUCCAUUUUACACGUUUCAAGCAGAUGAAGAAGAAGAUGAAAAUGUGGAACAUUUCCUCGAGCUUAGGACGAUUUGUCUAGGUGACUGUGCCAAAGAGGAGAAUAACGUGGUGGAAGUGACUGCUAUGAAUCACCAAGGAAAGAAAAUAUCGGUUCCUGUAGCUAAUCUCAACAUUUCCUGCCUGCCUAUGGUAAGCCUCGGGGAGUUUGAGUUGAUGGCUCCUGUCACACUACGCCUGAAAUCUGGAUCCGGACCAGUGACCGUCAGUGGGUUACAUUUAGUUGCCACAGAGAAUGAAGAGUCUGAAAUAUCAGAUGAAGAUGAUGAUGAUGAUGAUCUCAGUGAGGAGGAAAUGCCCUCAGUCAAACCAGCAAAGAAAAAGCAGCAAGCUUAAUUUGACAUGUUUACACCAGCCAUUUCUAUGUUUUAUACAAUAUUAGAUUUAAUGUUCUGCUACGAGACGUGACGGAGGGUGGUGUAGAAUGUAAUGGAAUUUUGUAUUUUCAGAUUGUGGUUGCAAAUGUUAAAAAGAAAGGUUAAAGCCUCCAUACAGCCAUCUCUAGGAACAUUUACUUUAUGAUGAAAGUGUUUUAUUAGUUAAUACUGUUACUUAUGUGUACAUAAGUAACUGCCAACACCAAACUUCAGAUUCACUCUCAGUUGAGGGACUGAGAAUUCACACGCAGUGACACGUUCUGUGCCCUGAAGGUUGAUUCCAGAUGUACGAUCCUGUAACACACUGGAAGAUGACAGCCUGUCCAUCUUCUGCACUUAGGGAAAGCACCAGCAUUGUCCUUUACAGAUAUUUCUCUUUACAUGUUGUUUUGCUGUUUGAAAUUUUAUUUGUUUGUUUGUUUGUUUGUUUUUUGGCAAUCAGGGUUUUUAAAUCUUAGUCCCUUUUUGAAGGACUGAUAAAGUUUUGCAUGGUGCAUUUUAUGUCGAGAUCAGUCGAAGGACUUGCCAUGGUUGCCGUUUUUGUAUUUUUACAGAUUUAUUUACAGAUUCUGUAAAUAAAAUUAGUUGUUUUAGUAGAA